AUGGGUUGGAGGCAUCGGACUUUCCGGAACGCAAAGAGGAUCAUGUUCUGUCACUUUCUUGUCGCGUUGCUCGUCCUGCACGUUGCAAACACGGCGCGUUUACCAAAAAUAGUAUGUAAGGUUUAUAACAGUUCUGGUGAUGUUUACAUUGGGGGUAUAUUCUCCCUCCAUAAAGACGGUCCGGAGGAUAAAAACUGCGGGGAACUUGGCCCUGUAUCUGCCCUACAGCUAACUGAAGCCAUGGUCUUUGCUGUGAAAACCAUUAACGAAGACGACACCGUUUUACCCAACAUUACAUUGGGGUUUAUGAUUCACGAUGACUGCUCUCGGGCCGAGUACGCACUGUGGGGUUCACUCGCUCUUGCCAUGGGUGCCGAACCAACCGUAGAUGGAAAGUACUGCAUUGUCCCUGGUCCUAGGAUCAGAGACAGGACUGAAAUAGCCAUGGGUGUUUUAGGCACGGAAGAAACUUCAAGCUGCGAAGUGGUCGUCAGCACGGCCGGCCUGUUCAAGACGCCGCAUGUCACAUACGGCGCUACGGGUUCGGAGCUCUUCGAAGAACACCAAAACCCAUACUUCUUCGCCACAAUAUCCCCCGAUACAUACAGGGCUGAGGGUAUCGUAGACGUCUUGGCUCACUUCAGAUGGGAAUAUGUAGCGCUGAUAUACUCGUCCGACCAAAGCAUACUAGACCUUGAGCGUGAGGUUUAUGAUGAGGCGUCAGAACGAAGUGAGUUGUGCAAGUUGAUCAGGACGGAGGUGAGUAGGCAUCCCACCCAUACUGAAUUGAACGAUUUGGUAAAGACCCUCAGAGACAACCCCCGUGCUCAUGUCGUGGUGCUGCUAACCGAAUCGGCCGACACUACUCGUGCCGUAAUAUCUGCUGUUCGGUCGGCACAACCACCGCUCAUACGGACCUGGUUGGCGGGAGAUUCGUUCGGAAACCAGAUUGAACCCAAUGAAUUUCCACAGGGAACACUCUUCAUUGAAUAUUUUAAACCCAAACUGGUGAGGUUCGAAGAACACUUUCGUUCUCUGGCGCUGAACGGCUCGAAUGCCAACCCUUGGUACGAUGAGUUUUGUCAAGGAACUGACAUUUGCCAAACCUCAAGCGAAGACGGUUUCAGUGAGUUUAACCCCAUGCUUGCUCCUGUAAUGGACGCUGUUUUUUCGCUUGCACAUUCCCUCGAUAAAGCAUUUCGUGAUUUCUGCAAUACCUCAUUCACAGAAUGCUUAGUUGAAAAUCAUAUUAGGGAAACUUUUGUGGACCAGCUUAGUAGCAUCUCGUUUCAGGGGACGAGAGGCGAAUUCAACUUUGAGAAUAGCUACGUUCCAGGCAGGUUUACUGUAUGGAAUGUACAAAACAUUAACGGUGUGGUCAAACUGGUUGACGUUGGUGUUUGGGAUUUUGGUUUAGGUGAAGAACGACUGCACAUCAACGAAAAUUUGAUCCAGUGGAACGUCGAACAUGAUAUGACUCCAAAGUCUGAAUGUCGAGAAGCAUGUGAACCCGGGUUCGUCGUCGAGAAAGACCAGGUCAAAUCUUGCUGCUGGGGGUGCCGUGAAUGCAGAAUGGGCGAUAUCGUCAGCGGUACUAAAUGCGUCCAGUGUGCACAGAACGAAUGGCCAAAUAAAGACUACAGCGUUUGUGACAAACUAAUCGGAAAGACUGUGACUCUGGACGCGCCGAUAAUCGCUGUUCUAGUUGCAAUGAUAGGUAUCGCUCUGCUACUUUGUGGACUUACAACGUGUGGCAUGAUCAGACAUCGUCAACAUGCCCUGAUUAAGGCAAGUAGCCGAGAACUCAGUGCCGUCAAUAUCGUUGGAAUAUUACUCUCCCUCGUUGCCAUCGUCCCCUUCCUCAGCUCGCCCAGUGCUGUCGUCUGUGGUUUGGGGGAGAGUCUCUAUGUCUUGUCCUUUACAAUGAUGUAUGCCCCUCUACUCCUGAAGGUGAACCGCAUCUACAGGAUCUUCGAGAGUAGCACAAAGACCGUAAGACGUCCUCGGUUUACCGGAUCAACAGCGCAGUUGACGAUCGUAGCACUGCUUGUCAUAACCCAGGUCGUGGUCAUCAUAGUAUCUGCCCUGGUCUCACCAGGCACUUGGUUCACCACAAUAGAGCUAUACCCCACCCAGGCUGAAAACAAACCCAGGACCCUGGAGAUCUUCUGCAACAUUGGCAGUGGGUUCCUGGCGUCGAUGAGCUACAACUUGAUCCUUCUCUUAGUGUGUUGUUUCUACGCCUACAAGGCUCGCAACGUUCCUGGCAACUUCAACGAGGCGCGGUUUUACGCAGCCUGCGUCUACACCACAUUGGUUCCGAUCGUGGCUGCCCUGCCGAUGUACCUUACCGCUGACAAGGCAAUUAUUUCAGCUUUCUCGAUCGGUCUCGUCCCCGUCAUCAACGGCUAUGUCACUCUUAUUUUUGUCUAUCUAUCCAAGCUGUUCGCGGUUGUCCGCGGUUACCAGGAGCGGCCAAAUAAUAAUACAGCGGAUCAAAAUCGCGUUGGAAAGAACACUUUGCAGAGCCAGUUUAUAAUGGGCGGGAAGGGUAAAGUUCACCCUACGACGUCUGAAACUAUGGGUGCUGGCUCAAGCCAAAUGGAAGACGCCAAAGAACAAACUUAA